ACAAGCUCGGCGCUCGUGUAUACAGUUGCAGUUUGGGUUGGCACUGCCUAUAUACCACCCACCUCUGCGCAAGUGUUUAAGAUAGUCCCACAGAUAAACGCAAAAAAUUGACACACACCCCCACAGUAGCAAUGGAGAUGGGACGGUCACUAUGGCUCGCGCUGCUGGUCCCUGCGAUCAUGGUGUCCUUCUACGGCGAGGCUGCCAUGGCGGACGCCCAGACAUCGACGGCGGGAGGGUCACCGCCGGACACGAACGUGCUGUGCGUCAGCAAGUGCGGGACGUGCCCGACGGUGUGUACCACGCCGCCGCCGCCGCCGGCGGGCAGCGACGGCAGUGGCUACUCCUCGCCGUCGCCUCCGCGCUCUAUGACGACUCAGCCAUCUCCGCCGGCCGUGCCGCAGCCGCAGGCCAAGGGAGGGAAGCCCAGCGGCUACUACUACUUCUUCACCGCCGGGAGCGGCCGGAGCUGCGCCGCCUCGAGCGCUCGUUACACGCUGCUGCUCCUGGCGCUUCUUCCCGUCGUCGCUGUUUAGGCUGCUGAAUCUGGUGUGGCGCUCGGUGAGGAGUGAGGACCCGGCGGCAACUCGAUCGGCUCCUACGUGUGGUUCGCUAUUGGUGACUAAUUUAUCUGGUUAAGUUUCCCAUGUGCUUCCCUUCGAUCGAGAUGAUUUUCGAUAGUCACUGGUGUAA